UCUCUCUCUUCCUCUCUCUCACUCUACACGUUUUCAAGAUUUGAUUCCUAGCUAGGAUUCGAAUUUCUAUAAGAAAAAAAUUGGCUUGGAUUUUUUUUUUUACAUCUUGAAUCUGAAUGUAACAAGCCCUCUUCUCUUUAUAAAAUGGUGUUAAACCUGGAUUUGCAUGAUGAUAAGGCAAAACAAAAGGCCCUUAAAACGGUUUCCACUCUCCCAGGAAUCGAUUCGAUUGCAAUGGACAUGAAGGGGAAGAAAUUGACUGUGAUCGGAACCGUGGAUCCGGUGAAUGUAGUAAGUAAGCUAAGAAAGUAUUGGCCCUUGACGGAUAUUGUACUAGUAGGACCUGCGAAAGAGCCGGAAAAGGAGAAGAAAGAGGAGCCGAAGAAGGAAGGUGGUGGCGAGCCGGCGAAAAAAGAAGGAGAAGCUCCCAAAGAAGAAGCGAAAAAGGAAGGAGAAGCGCCAAAGAAGGAAGAAGAGAAGAAAGAGGGCGGCGAUAAAAAGGAGGGAGAGAAGAAAGAUCAACCGCAACCACAACCACAACCACAACCGGUUUUGCCGCCACCGGAGCAGCAUGUGUUGGAACUUGUAAAGGCGUAUAAAGCAUAUAAUCCUCACCUAACAGCAUAUUACUACGCUCAAAGCAUCGAAGAAAACCCUAAUGCUUGCGUUAUAUGUUGAAAACAUAUAUUAUAUUAUAUAAUUUGGGGGAAAAUGAUGAACCGAUCUAUAGUGAGGAUGAAGAAUAAGAAACAGGAUAUAUUGAUUCGGUUGGAUCAUCGGAUAUGUUUUUUUCUGUCCUCGAUAAUGCGAGGAAGCUUAAUUUCCUUAAAUCGAUUUCGAUGAUAUGUUUUCUGUAUAUAUCGUCGAUAGUACUAGAAUUUUGUUUUUUUUUUUUUUACUUUGAAGGGAACUUUCUGUAUAUAAUGGUGUUAUAUAUGUACGUUAGUAUUUUAA